AUGAACCCCUUCGCUCUCUCUGGGGGCCCCGGGCCCCUUUACGAGCCCAGUGUGUACGAGACAGAGAGGGCUGUUGUUCCCCGUCCCAUAGGUGGGAGGCGCCCCUCGACCAGUUGCACGAGACGUGUCUCUGGUGUAUAUAAUUCGGGGGCCCCUGAUUUCGCACUAUCCUCUUCUGUGGGCCCCGCUGGGGUCGCCCAAGGACUUCAACCCAGGAGAUUCCCUGAGAACAGUCCCAAUGGGGGCCCCUCCGGGGGCUCCCACCAGAGGGGCCCCCCUGGGGGCCCUUUUGUGGGUGGAGGUCAAUUAGAUCAUUUAUUAUGUUCAAUUGUAUUAGCAAAGAAUGAUAGAUCUCGUUUGUCUGCUUUGCAGACAUUAGAGGCAAAUUGCGAAUAUCUUUUGUAUGAUACACAGAGGUUGCAUGCAGCAUUUGUUGUAUUAGAUGCUGUUGUAUGUAAUUGUAGUUCAUUUAGAUUUAAAGGGAGAGGAAGAGGAGGAAAUGUUCGGAGAAAAGGUGCAGCAGGAGAGACAGCAGAAGGGAAAGACAAACAAACACAACAACAACAGCAACAGCAGCAACAGGGGGCACCAGGUGGGGGAACCCAGCCACAGACGGGAGGGGGGCCCCCAGACGGGGGCCCCACAGAGGGGCCACUUGAACCGCACACGGACGAAGGAGGGAAUACACUGCAUGCAGCAGAAGCAACAGCAGCAGCAGCUGCUGCAGCACUGGCAGCAGCAACAGAAGCAGACCUUACGGGUGCAUCUGCUGCUCCUCCUCAAUCAGGAAGUUUAAAGCCUCUUUCGGGUUUGCAGCAGCAACAACAGCAGCAACAAGAACAGCAGCAGCAGCAGCAGCAGCAGCAAGUGACUUCCUCUCGUGCCUCCAUAGACAGUUCUUCUCCUGGUAGUCCGCCUCCAAGCCGUAGCGAUUUAUCUGCGUCUCCUGACCCCCCUGCUCCGGCUGCCAACAGCAGCAGCAAGAAAAACAGCAACAGCAACAGCAACAGCAGCAGCAGCAGGAGCAGCAGGAGCAGCAAAAGAUCUUGGGGUUAUCCUUUACCUCGUGGCUUAGAGACAAAAGAGACGCUGUCUCCUCUAGAUGCAGGAAUAUUCUUCCCUCGUCCCUUCUCUGUCUUAUCACGUUUAUUAUCCCUACAGACAUGGGUAUCUAUAGCUACAACUAUUAAUUGUCUCCUUGUGUCUCCUCAGUGGCUGCAGAGACUUGUGGGGCUGCUGCAUGCACUUGCUGCCAGCAACACUGCAGCAGCACCACAACCUAUUCGUUCUUAUGCAUGCAUCUGUCUUGAGGAACUCGAGCUCACCUUUCCAGGUCUACUGUCUCCUUUCUUGGGUAGUGAUGGAUUUGGAGACCCUUCUACUGUUACAGGCGUGGGGCCCCUUCAGUUUGGCUCGGCUGCAUCCUGGGGGGUACCGCCUGGGGGCCCCUCUGGGUGCCCCCCUAUUAGUCCCUUGGGGGCCCCUGAUGGCCCCUUCUUUCUAACGGAUAUUGUACAACGAGAAGCAACAUGGGGUGCAGCAGACGCCCCCGCCAUGCUGCUGCUGCGGUGUAUCCGUCAUUACUGUGAAGGGACAGUGUGUGAGGGGCAGCUAGCGAGGGAGGAGACACAAAGGAGACAGCUAGCAGCAAAUACUCUUACUCAAGAAGACACCUCACUAGACACUCAAGAUGCUGUCUCUUCUUCCUUCCCUCCUGCCCCUACAGAAGGAGACGAGCAAGAAUUGGGAUCUUGGCUUAAGACAGGCACGCAGGAUGCCUUGUCAAUGCAGGGGGCCCCCUGGGGGCACCCCGGAGGAACAAUGGGUCACGUGCAAGGAACUUUCCCAGGAAACCUCCAUUAUACAAUCCCUUUUGUUGGGGUGUCUCCUGUCCCCCUCCCGGCCAUAACCCUCACUGGAAGCAGCAGCAGCUGCAGCAGCACUAACUGUUGCUGCAGCAGCAGCAGCAGCACGGAUGGGUAUAUGCGUCCCCCUCGUCUCCUGCGCCCCUUAACUGUUUCCUUAAAGAAUACCCUGUCUCUUGUCUUAGAUGGUGUAUGGGGUUAUGGCGAUUGGGCACAACUCUCCCUCUGCAUGCAUCUUGCUUUCUUUUCCCGGUGGUAUUUAGCACUGCAGCAGCACCCGCGGUUUGCUGCUGCAUUUGCUGCAACAUCUCCGUCAAUAUUCUGCCCUUCUGCAGCAGAUCCUCCAGAAGUAAAGGAGCAAUUGCUGCAGGCAUUGCUACUGCACUGCAGCAAGAGCAGCAGGGGGCCCCCCUCUAACCUAUUCGAUGUAUGCGGGGUCCUCUAUGAGUUCCGAUCUGUACAGAGGGCCCCCGAGGUGCAUGCGCUUGUCUUUAGAUUUUUAUUAAGAAGUAUAUUAAAGCCCCAACUUGCAACCCCACAACUACAUAAAUUCCUAUGCGAACACCUCAGGUGCCACCCUGUAGAGUUGGGCCCGAGCGUGUUGCUGCUGCUGCAUCACGCCUCUCGCGCUGCUGCAACUGCGGCAGCAGCAGCAUCUGCUGCUCCUCCUGGUGCUGCUGGUGCUGAGGCCGCAGUACCGAUGUCUUGUGUCUGUCAAUCCUUGCUGCUGCCUCUAGCACACUUCUUGCAUACACUAGAGCCAGCAGAGGAUUUAGUUUGCUUCUCUCCUAUCCUCUUUGAGCUGUCUGUACACCCCGCGAUAGAUCCGCAGCAUUUGCUGCCUAUAUUAACGCGUCUUAGUUUUGCUGCAGCAGCAGCAGAUAACGGAGACAGACACCGCAGCUGGCUUGCUGCUCUUUGUCUCCUUACUGCAACAAAACAGGUAACUGCAGCAGCUGUCCUUACCCAUAUUACCCUUCUACCUUCUCUUAAAGUGGCCUUGUUGACUCCUGGGGGGGAGAAGCUCGUACCGCUUGUUGAACGCUAUCUGUCGCAUGUCUCACCACCACAGCAUCGGUUUAAUGGAUUCGUACCCUUUCUGUCUCUAUUCAAGUCUACAAAAGAGAGACGACUCCUCUGUGGUCUACAAGACGAGCAGUCAGCUUUCUUUCUUACCCCUAGGGGCCCCUUAGAGGGGGCCCCCGACACAUUCCUCUGGGAAGGAGGCCUAGGGGCCCCUCAGGCCUCACAUAGCACUACCCAGGAAGAAACCCUAUAUGAAGAAAAGGAGACAGCUUACUUUCAAGCAGUGUAUGAUGAGGUCCAUGGGGAGGCCGCCAUUGAGGCUCUGACCUACGGUGGGGCCCCCAAAGUACUAGAAGUCCCCUGUGAGGGUUUUGGGGGCCCCUAUGGGAGUUUGAGAGCCCCUUCUGCAGUAGAGGCGUAUUAUGACUUUGUAGCCUCGCAUUCUUUUUCAGUGUGUCUCCCCUUCCGUCUAAGGGCCCUGGCGCCACCCAAUGGGGGGCCCUGCAACCCUUUGGGACCAGAGGUCUGUCAGGGGCCCCCCUACGGCACAUCUAUACAGGUAGCCACUCAAGGAGACUGCCCUGCUGCUGGGGGGCCCCAUAAGCCUUUCUGGUUAAGUACCCUGUAUGCAGUAGAGCUUUUCUUCUCUCGUUCUCCUUCUUACCAGCCUCUCUCUAGUGUAUGUAUACCCUUUUUGCAAUGCCCCCUUUGGGGUCCCCAAGGACGGGGGCCCACUGGGGGCCCCCAAGAUGAAACGGGGGGCCCCUUAACAGACAAAGAAGAAGAAAUUCUGAGGAAAGCUGCUGAAGACGCAUUUCCCUUCGACUAUGAAAUAAUCCUUAAGUUGGAGCCAAUAGAGCCAGAGCCGACGGUAUUCUCUGUGGAGACACAUUUUACGGAUAGCCGAGGGACAACUUAUACAGGUUCUCUGUCUCCUUUCUCUGUCUCAUUUCAAGACCUAUUCUUACCAAUCUGCGCACCUCCGCCAUUUAGGGCGAUCCUCUUCAACGCCAUUUGGACGCGACCAGACGUAGCCAAAUCAGUAAAGACACUCGACGUGGAGAGGGAGGUGGUGCUGCAGAUGAUAGAGAUGUCAUUAAAACCUUUUUUAAUUAGUAAUUAUCUUCCUGAUGAAACAGAAGAAUUCGAUUUCUCUAGGGACAACUCUAUGCAAGAGGCGAAGGAGGAAGGAUCCCCAACAGGGUCUUGCCGUCCCUUCUGUAUGGGGGCCCCCCCUCUUGGGGUGUCUAACCUCUCAGGGGGCCCCACAGACAGCCCCCCUGCUGGUGUCCGUGAGCAUUCUGGUAUAGAGGAAAGACAGCAGCAAACCCCAGCAGCAGGAGACUCAGCAGCAGCAGAAACCACAGCAGAAGCAGCAAGAGACGCAGCAGCAGCAGCAGGAGACGCUGCAGCAGCAGCAGGAGACGCUGCAGCAGCAGCAGGAGACGCUGCAGCAACAGAAGAAGAAGAGGAACCUUUUUAUCCUCAAUAUGAGGAGGUGUUUGUAGAUCAAUACUUUGAAGGACAAGUACCCUAUGAAGAGAUCCUUGAGGGUUGCAAGGGCCCCCCAACAACAAAUGAAUGGGGGGCCCCUUCCGGGGGCCCCCCUCCUCGGGGGCCCCCUAUUGAUACCCUGCAUGCAUUAAUAUUUCUUCCCCCUCGGUACCACUUAUUGUUUAAGUUUAAUGUUGCUAAUAAAACAACAAUUGUUCGCUGUGCUACGGAUAGAUGGGAGGCCCUUGGGUACUUAGAGGCCUUCUUCUCUAAGACAUUUGCUCUUGCUCUUGCAGCUAGGGGGGCCCCUAAACAGGGGGCCCCUAAACAGGGGGCCCCUAUAGACGGGCGAGGACCUGUUGAGGGGGCCCCUACGGAUGGGCGAGGCCCUGUUGAGGGGGCCAGUAGAGAGGGGCGAAGCCCCGUUGAGGGGGCUUGUGGAGACGGGGCAGGCCCUGCAGAGGGGGCCCCUGGGGAAGUGGGGGCCCCUGUAGGGGGGUCUCCACUCCUUUCUUUCGAACAGUAA